AUCGGAUAGCCGCCUCCCACUAUCAACACUCAACUGUCAGAGACAACUUCUGCAUUUACUGCGCUGCACAGAUUUGAAUACAUAAAAAUGCCUUAGCUCGGUGUUUCUGCCGUGACAGUGACACACAGUUAUCAGGAUUCACUCAGAGUUGCCGCACCACACAUCUCUGCGACUUUCUCUCGAGUUCAAACUGACAGUUGGUGCCACAACAAGCACCUGAGGUCAGAUGAGCCAAAGAGGUGUCAAAAUAGGACAGUGGAUUCACUUGUUUCCUGCAGACUGGCAAAUUGUUCUGAAUGAACAGAAGACAAAGGGUUGAAAAAAUGUUAAUGAAGAUGCCUUCACUGUCCAGUGGAAUGGAGAGUCUGAAGUAAUGGAGAACACAGAGGAGAGCCCUGCAUAUGAGCAGGACCCCACGCCUCCAGAACGAGGACUUCUCCACAUCUGGCAGUCAGCGGGCCCCAGUGAGCAGCUCUCUCCAGAGAGAGUGCUGCUUUCCAGGCCUGUUCUGCACGCCACCGUGGGAGAACACCAUGGACUCCUGCUGACACAGGGUGGUCAGGUGUAUUCAUUCGGGGAGCUGCUGUGGAGGGAUCUGAGUAUCCCAGCAUCUGCUCCGCUGCUGGAGGUGUCUCUCCUGGGGAAGACAGUGGUCCGUGUGGCUGCCGGCGGCUUCCACUGUGGAGCGCUGACGGAGCAGGGCCACAUCUACAUGUGGGGGGAGAACACUGCAGGACAGUGUGGGCUGACUGACAGGAGCACAGUCACAAACAUCACAGUUUCAGAGCCGUGCCUGGUCAGUGUCGUGGACAGUGAGGUUGUUCCUCAAGCAGUGGUUCGGAUUGUGGAUCUGGCCUGUGGACGGGAGCACAGCCUGGCUCUGUCAUCCCAGAAUGAGCUGUGGGCCUGGGGCAGUGGCUGCCAGCUUGGCCUGGUCACAAACAAUUUCCCUGUAUGGAGACCGCAGAAGGUGGAGCACUUGGCUGGCAGACAUGUAAUUCAGGUGGCCUGUGGUGCCUACCAUAGCCUGGCCCUUGUUCGCAGUUUACCUCCUCAGAACUACAAUACCCAGAACUGCCCUGAGAAGAGGGAACGGGGCCAGUCACCUCACUACUCAGUGACAGAGAGGGAGGAGCUGGUAACAGUUGAUGACGCUCACUACUGUCCACUGGGGGUGGAGCUGUCGGAAGCCUUAACAGGCGAGACCUCUCCCAGGAGACGAGGCCCCAGACGAAGGCUCCAACCUGGGGGAAGGUCAGCUGGCAGCCGCCCUGGCUCUGGAGCUGGUUCAUGCCCAUUUUUUGAAGACCGCAAAUAUACCACUAAACAGAAGAAUUUCCCAGUUAGUGCCAGUAUCGAGCCUGACGGGCUCAACACUGACCAUAUGACUCCGACAGAUGGCAGCCCAAAGUCCUACUCACUGUCAGGCUGGAGGGCCAAUAAGAACUCCACUUUCCCUGAUGAGACGGAGCUCCAGAGCCUCCUCCAGAAACUCUCUGGCCACACAUUAGAGACACAACACACCACUGGGCCUGGGGAUAGUGAUUCACUGAGCAGUCACACUUCAGACGACAGCUGUGUUUCCUCAACUCCUUCCACGGAUCUGUACACCUCCAGUUACAAAGAUGAAUCGUCAGUUAAGAGUCAAACCACCAAUAACAGUGGAGUGUCUGGGCCGUACUCCUCCUCCCCUGUGUGUUUGGAAGAAGUUCGGCUUCAUCUGGAGGCAGAGAAGAAGGAACUUCAGGGGCAGAAGAGCUCCAGUCUUACAAAUAUAAACCAGAAGGCAAAAGCAGCCGCAAACAGGAGACGCUCACUGCCUGGAACACCCACCCAUGGAUCUCCACGGCGACGGCGGCAUUGUGCCUGCAGGCCAUCCUCUGCUGGUCGGACCCAGGCAGCAGCACCAGAGGAGGCAGGAGACGGGUUGCCGUCUCUGGAGACAGAAGUGUGGAGCUGGGGCCGUGGGUCUGAGGGGCAGCUAGGCCAUGGAGAUCAGCUUGCUAGACUCCAGCCUCUGUGUAUUAAGUCUCUGACAGGCGAGGAAGUGAUCAAAGUUGCUGCAGGGUCACACCAUUCAUUAGCACUGAGUGCUCAGUGCCAGGUGUACUCAUGGGGCAGCAACAUGUGUGGACAGCUUGGUCAUGUCAACAGUCCUGUCACUGUUCCUCAACAGGCGAAGCUGUCUGACGGUCUCCGGGUUUGGGACGUGUCAGCAGGUCAGAGCCACUCCCUUCUCCUAGCUGACGGAGACUGUGUCCAGCCAAUACUUUUGUACUGCGGCCAGCGUCAAGAUCCAUUGUCAGCGCAGAGUGAGAGGUCACAGCAGAAUCAAAGGUCAUGCCAGAGGUCACCCAACAGGGCGGAGAGUUAUACAGUCAGACCCACCCUGCUGCCUUUGUGCAUGGAGAUGGGUUAUAUUAGCAGUGUGUACAGUGGCGGUCAGAGCUGUGCGGUGUUGGCAGACCAGAACAUCAUGGGCUUCAUCUCAGCUAUCCACGAGCUGGCCUCCAGAGAGAGACACUUCUACUGCUGGUUGAGCAGCGUCAGGAAGCUCCUCCUUACCCCGCUACGUAACAGAGAGGGUGUGUGCCCGUCAUUAGGUGAGCCUUGCACUCAUCUCUUCUUCUCUCUCUGUGAGAGUUUUGUUCGUCUGAGCGUUCUGAUUGGUCAACACUCCACGUCACUCAGCUACUUCCUGCAUGAUGUGCAGGGCCGGGAUGUCACCUCCUUUCCACUACUGACACACACCGAGCACUUCCUGGACAUUUAUAAAGAGUACUGUUCUGCAUUAGGUAACUUCCAGGUGAUGGGUGGAUUCCAGUCACUCCAUAAACUCUCACUUGAGUAUUUAGGAUCUCAGCAGGCCAUGCUCACUCAGCUGUGUGUUUCAGAACAGUCUGUCAGUGGUGACGUUGAUCUGGUUUCAUUGUUAUACUGGCCUCAGCAGCAGCUCCACCAAUACAGCCGAGUCCUGCUCAAGCUGGCAGCCUGCUAUGAUGUGUUCACGAUCGAGUAUCAGUCUCUCCAUCAGGCCUGUAGUCAGUAUGAGUCCCUGUCUUUGUCCCUGUUGAGGAGGAAGAAGGAGGCUGAAACCACAUUUCUCUUCUGGAAGACCCACUCUGGAAAAAAUACUGAGGUUCUGCGUCUUCCACAGCGUCGUGUAGUGUGUGAAAGCAGCAACAGAUCUCUGACCCUGCAGAACGCCGGGCGGUUCUCCAACCACUGGUUCAUACUGUUCAACGAUGCACUGGUGCACACACAGGGUGCCAUUCCCUCUCAGAACUUUUUCUCCACGCAUCACAUCUAUCCUCUGACCUGCCUAUGGGUGAAACCAGUCACUGAAGACAGCAGCAGACUCUAUGCCAUCAAAAUUACAUGUCCAGAGGAGAGUUUCACCGUGGUGGCCUCAACACCACAAGAGAAGAACAAGUGGCUGCGAUCUCUUAACCAAGCAGUGGAUCAGGUGCUGGGUGGUGGAGGUCAGGGGUCAUUGCCAGGGGUGGCGGCAAUGUCUCGCACCGCUUCUUACAUGUUCACUGGAGAAGGACGGUUUAAAGACGCCCAUUACAACGGGGGCUGGCUGGCAGGACGAAUUCAUGGCAGAGGAACCAUGAAGUGGCCAGAUGGACGGACGUACACCGGGAACUUUAAGAAUGGACAGGAGGAUGGCUAUGGGGAAUGUAUAAUACCUAACAAAGCGCUGAAUAAACCAGACACCUACCAAGGACACUGGAGAGAUGGCAAGAUCCAUGGUUUUGGCAAGUACAAGUAUGCCAGUGGCGAGGUGUACGAGGGCUGUUUCUGUGAUGGGCAGCGGCACGGUUACGGCAUGCUGAGCUCCGGUAAACAGGUCAGAACCUCCAGCGUUUUCAUUGGCCAGUGGGUGCAGGACAGGAAGACAGGAUACGGCGUCUACGAUGACAUCACCAGAGGUGAGAAGUAUAUGGGAUUGUGGCUGGAUGACCAGAGGCAUGGUAGCGCUGUGGUUGUCACGCAGUCCAGUGUGUACUAUGAAGGGACCUUCAAAGAGAACAAGAUGAAUGGUCCAGGGCUGCUUUUGUCAGAUGACGACACAGCUCUCAAUGGGGAGUUUUCUGAUGACUGGACCGUCAACGGGAAGGGUGUUUUGUCCCUGGCUAACGGUGAUUGUAUAGACGGCCUGUUCAGUGGAGAGUGGAGCGCAGGGCUGAAGGUGGUGGGAACAUACACCAAACCAAUCGAUGAACCUGAAAACAAAGAGAGAAACAGCCUGUUCAGGUUGGGUCAGUAUGUGGUGCCUGCAGGUCAGAGGUGGGUCUGUGUGUUUAAUGAAUGCUGGAGUCGACUGGGCUGUGAUGCAGCUGGGAGAGGAGAGAGGACUGCAGCCUGGGAGAACAUUGCUGUUACCAUAACAACUGCACGGCGCCACAGCCCAGACCUCAGUAGGUCUCAGAGCAAAGUAUUGGAGUGUUUGGAGUUUAUUCCCCAGCACGGAGAACCUGUCACCACUGCAAACUAUGACAACAUACGACGAUAUCUCAUCAAGGCAUGUGAGACCCCCCUCCACCCUCUGGGCUGGCUAGUGGAGACGUUGGUUACAGUUUACAGGAUGACUUACGUCGGCGUGGGAUCCAACCGCAGGCUGCUCAGGCUGGCUGUCCAAGAGGUCCAGGCUUACCUCAUUCAUUACUACAGCAUUGUCAGGUUUCUGUUUCCAGGGUUACCAGAUGAUGGUGGCAUCAUCCCAGACCCUCCAACCUCCCCAUCCACAAGCAGGCACAACUCUAACACAGCAGAGCAAGGUGUUGUGGUGGUGAGCUGCUCCUCUCUGCUCCUCCCUCUGCUGCUCCCUCGACUCUACCCUCCUCUCUUUACCCUGUACUGCCUGCAGGAGGAGCAGGAGGAGGCCCAGUACUGGGAGCGCAUCCUCCGACUCAACAAACAGCCCGACCAGUCACUGCUCAGCUUCUUGGGAGUGCAGGAGAAAUUCUGGCCGUUGUGGAUGUCAAUUCUUGGAGAGAAAAAGCAGAUUGUGUCCAGCAGUAAAGAUGCCUGCUUCGUUUCUGCUGUAGAGACACUCCAACAAAUCAGCACCACCUUUACUCCAUCAGACAAACUCCUGGUCAUCCAGAAAACAUUUGAGGAGUUGACCCAGGAAGUAAGACCUAUGCUUGAUGGUAAUUUCCUGUGGUGCAUGGAUGACCUGCUCCCCCUCUUCAUCUACGUUGUUCUCAGAGCUAGGAUCAGGAACCUGGGAGCUGAGGUCAAUCUGAUAGAAGAUCUGAUGGACCCCAACGUCCAGCAUGGAGAGAUGGGACUAAUGUUCACAACACUGAAGGCCUGUUAUAUCCAGAUCCAGCAUGAAUCGACUGCGUAAAAGGGGACAAGAGGAGGCCCCGCAGUCAGCAGGAUGUGGGAACUGCAGUGAUUGCACAGUGACACACAGGAGCUGCCAGAACAAACCAGUCAAACCAUGUGUAUUCCACUGGCAGCCACUGGGAAGCUGCAGUGAACAGAGGGUGUGGAGAGUCUAACACCCUCACCUUCUGUCAGGAAAUAAUAUCUGACACUCCAGUUUUGAUCCUAUUGGUAUGUUACAGAUCUCCAGAGUUCCUUCAUUUCAAUUAAAGACAGCAUUCAGAGGAAAGUAACACAUCGCCCUCUUGUGGACAUGUUAGAAAACUGCAAAGCUGUAAAAACACUGCAGUUUUACUUUACUUUACAAUAUUUUCUAUUUUACAGUAGUUGCCUAAAGGGUAAUUCAUGAGAAAUUACUGGUGUUGUACUGUGUAUUUGUCCUGUUUCAUCUGCUUUCUAUGAGAACUUGCAAACAGUCCAGGCAAAGGACACUGACCUGAAACAUGGCCACAUUUUAAAUGGAAAAUUAAUAUCUAAUAACUGAAAUAAUAAUGUAAAUAUGUCUCUAAUGGCUCAGCAGUAGCACUACCAGAUUACCAGUGCAUUACCACAGUAAAUACACUGCGAAAAAUAUCCAAAUUCAAUUAAACCUACCUAUAGGUACUUAUUAAAUGUGUAUAGUAGUUGACUGAAUGUGGUAACUACUAUUUUGUUAAAAAUUAGCAGUUGAGAUGCUGGUUGUCAACACAAACUGUCAGUUUUGAUGUUGGGUUUGUAAAACCGAAAACAUUUUCUUGCACUUUGAAUGUUUUCAUCACUCUUAGCAUUUCACAUAGUGAUGUGAGCUCUGCGUUUUUAUUAGUUUUCACUGCUCUGAGUGCCUACAUGAGACACAGAUGGAGUUUAAUAUAGCGGAGUCAAAUUUGCCUCCUGAGCACAGAUCACACCUUUGAUUCGUCAGUAAGCAGCUGCAGCAGCUGAAGUGAAGACUGUGGACGAGAGGCUUUUCUAACAAAGUCCACUCUACAAAGUGGCUGAGUCAUAUUCUGUGUGAAAACUGAGAAAAAUGCUUUAGGCACACAAUGUCUUAGUUGUGGUUUGAUAAUUCUUCCACAUAUGACACACAAAAAUCACUACGUCAGAAAGCUCUAGGUAAUGGAAAGAGAAAAAUUGUAUUUCUCUUGUAGCAGUAUGUUCCUGCAAUCAUAUACUAUAUGCAAAUAACUUUGCAUUUGCUUACAUAGAAAUCAAAAAUCCUCCUUUUUUGUAACAUCCCCUCUCACUUGUAAGACUUUUGAAUGCAGGAGAAGUCCUUUUAAACAUCACACUAACAUCACACUUUUUUACUUUUUUUUUUUUUUUUUUUUAAGACUUCUACCCUCCUGUACUACAAAUCCAAUCUGUGUGUGCUCUGGUAUGUUCACACAAACCUUUUGUCUCAGGUCUGGACUUCUGAUAUUCAUAACUAAUAUGCAGCAAACAGACCAGUAGGACAGUAACAUGUCACUACUGUGGGAAAUGAUUUGUACUUGACUUAAUAUAACUAAUGAGGGAACACAGAGUAGCUAAGCAUAAGAGAAAUGUUCCUUCCUCUACUGGUAUUUCAUUCAUUUUUUUGCUCUGUGGAGUGUGUGUGUGCAUGUAUGUAUGUACGUGUCUUUCUAAUUCUGGUUUGAAACCAUUGUUGUGAGGGCUAAGACUUUGUUUUAUGGUUAGGCAUUUAUUUCUGAUGGUUAAGGUAAGCGGUUAGGGGAAUACAUUAUGUCAGUGAGCGUCUUCAAAUCGAACGUAAGACAAGAGUGUGCGUGCUCGUUCAUGUGUGUGUGUGCAUGUGCGUGCGUGCGCGUGCGUGUGUGUGUGUGUGUGUAAGUUAAGGAACAUAUUAUGAACAAAUCUCACAAGGAACAUUUUUAUUGUUGCCCUGACAUUUUCCAGUGUAGAUGAACCAGGAAAGUGUUAGUGUAAAGUAAAAGGGAGAUAUAGGUUAUAUACAGUAUAUACAGAUGACCUCCAUCUGGGAGUUUAUGCUUAGUUCUGUUUGUUUGUAGAUAAAACUACAAAAUCAGGUCGACAGAUUUCAGUGAAAUGUAGUGGAAGGUUAGCCCCUAAAAAGUGAUGACUACUUGAUUAUGCCUCUACUAAUUUUUUUAAAUGAAUACUUGCAAUGUGAGAUACGACAUUAUCUCACAUUGCAGGACAAAUGUUCAACAUUUUAUCAACUGCCGCACUUAACUAAAUGAAAAGAAUAUGCCACAUACGUAUGCCAUGAUUGUCUAUCACUGAUCCAGACUUCAUUUUUUUUGUAGAUAGCUUACAAGAAUUGCAUUAUCAAAUGCAUUGAUCUUCUGAAUCCAUCUUUAUGUGUUAUACAGGGCUACAGGGACAUCAGUAUAAUUUUGUGUUUUUAAUUCACUUGCAAUGAGGGCCCAUUUUUAGGUCCCAGAGUCACCACAACCAAGUUGGUGUGUGUUUUGAGUACAUCCUUUUGUCUGAUUUUUUUUUAAGAGCAUGGAGGACCAUGAAAUCAGUUAUAAAUUAAUUAUGUUAUUUCAUUUAUUUAUCAUUAGAUUAUAAUUUAAAUUUGUCAGAAAUGUAUGAAAGAACAAUAUAUUUUCCUGUGAAUUUCCCACAACCUUGAAUAAUCAGGUCUCCCCCAUGGAGUCACAGUCAUAUUACAUAUUGAUUAAGAUAUAGAUCUAGUGUCAUAAAACGACAUUAGCUUUUGGAGUAGCUACAUUAACAAUACUGCCAUCAUGUUACUGACUGUUGAUUAACUGAGCUUGUUGCAUUGCUGUGAGAAAUAAAACAGACUGUAAAGCACUCAGGUUGAACUGCAGGAUGCAACAAACAACUUGCCAAAAUGACGAAGAAAGCAGCUGGAUUCAAAAUCUUAUUUCUACUAUUUCCGUGGUUACUGAAGUGUGUGUGUUUGUAUGUGUACUGUAUUUAUUGUCAGGACAGUCUAUUCAAUGUUUUUCGUUCUUCCUAUUAAAACCACUGCUGUUUUGUAUAAAACAGACCAAACAUCAAAGGUUGAAUGAAAAAAAAUGUUUGGCUGACUCCUCUGGCCUCCAUUAAUACCAGGUUAAAGGACAACACAAAUGUUUUUCAUACCAUAGCUCAAGACUACAAAUUAGUAGUUUUGGGUUGAGAAAAUUUCAGUACAGCAGAAAAAUCAGCCUUUACAGGUUUGAAACCUGCCUGAGGUUGGUUAUCCAGUAAAGUGAAUAUUUUCCAUUUUUAUUUUUUUAUUAAAUACAUUAUUAUCUUAUAUGAAGAUGCAGUUUGAGCAGGGAAUCCCUCUUUGUACACUGUUUCUGAAAUGAAGUGAAGCCAAUCAAACCUAAAGAAAAGUAAAAUAAAAUUGAGUCAUGAUUUCUAAAAUGAUCAGUAGUAAUAUAAAAUGCAUGUGGUUAAUUAAUAAUAUUUUAGCCUAAAUAAUUAAUAGGCUAAAAUAUGUAAAAAAAAAAAAAAAAAAAAAGAAAUUAAAACGUGGUCCUUUGUAAAAGCCUGGAUUUCUUGGAGGUUCAUGACUAAGAGGCUGUAAGCUGAUUGCAUUCAUGACUUGAGUUUACAGUUUUUCUAGCUAUGUCUAUUUUUGUAACUUCAUACAUUUGUAUGAAGUGAUGAUUGGGGGAACUGACUGCAUAAUGUCAAUUAGUUUUGAUGGAUAAACUUAUUAAAAUAGUAACUGAAUAAAUGUAUUUACUAAAAAAAGGGCAAUAAAUUUAGUUUAAUUCUGAAAAGUAUCUCCUGAUGAAAAUUAUUUCUUAAUGGUUGGAUUCAUGGCUAGACUGUAACAGUGUGUUCACAAGAGAAAAAAAAGUACCAUAAUGUCCAUGUAAACUACGCAGACCACUACUGGGGCCUUUCUCCCAGCAGACAUUUUGACGCGUCUUAGUAGGACACUGGCUCUGUCCUUUUCAAGAGUGAAACUGAAUUUUAUUAUAGGAGUAAUUUUACUCCUGUGACAUGUCAAAAUGGCCUAUCCAUGUCUCCACUGUCUACCUAUGCACUCAGUAUAUUGCAAAGAUUUCCUGAAAUUCCUGAAAUUAAAAGUAAUUUUUGCUAAUAAAUUAAAGAUAUGUUUCAUUGUUA